AUGUCCCGCAAGGCCAGCGAUAAUGUGGAGUACACGCUGCGGAGCCUGAGCAACCUGAUGGGCGAGAAGAGGCGGCGGCAGGCGGACGGGUCCGCCGGCUCGGGCGCGGCGGCGGGCGAGCGGAGCCUCAUCGCCGCCGAGUCCUGCUCCAGCCUCAACAGCGCGGCGUCGGGCGGAGAGCUGGAGCGGGCGGCGCGGCGCCAGUUCCAGCAGGACGAGACCCCCGGCUUCGUCUACGUGGUGUCGGUCUUCUCCGCCCUGGGGGGCUUCCUCUUCGGCUACGACACCGGCGUGGUGUCGGGAGCGCUGCUCCUCCUCAAGAGGGAGCUCAACCUGGACGCGCUCUGGCAGGAGCUGCUCGUCUCCGGCACGGUGGGCGCCGCCGCCCUGUCCGCCCUGGCCGGCGGCGUCCUGAACGGGCUGUGCGGCCGGCGGCCCUGCAUCCUGCUGGCCAGCGGCCUCUUCACGGCGGGCUCCGGCGUGCUGGCCGCCGCCCGCGACAAGGAGACGCUGCUGGCGGGACGCGUGGUGGUGGGGCUGGGCAUCGGUGUAGCAUCUAUGACUGUGCCAGUGUACAUCGCAGAAGUGGCUCCACCACACUUACGAGGCAGAUUAGUCACCAUUAACACUCUCUUCAUCACUGGAGGGCAGUUUUUCGCAAGUGUUGUCGAUGGAAUCUUCAGCUACCUCGCCAAGGAUGGAUGGAGGUACAUGCUGGGCCUGUCGGCUGUACCAGCAGUUAUACAGUUUCUUGGAUUCCUGUUUCUUCCUGAAAGUCCUCGCUGGCUCAUUCAGAAAGGCCAGACUCAGAGAGCACGGAGAAUUCUGUCUCAAAUGCGUGGCAACCAGGCAAUUGAUGAGGAGUAUGACAGUAUCAAAAACAACAUCGAAGAAGAAGAAAAAGAAGUUGGAGCAGCUGGACCUGUGAUCUGCAGAAUGCUAACAUACCCUCCAACUCGAAGAGCCUUAAUUGUGGGUUGUGGUCUGCAGAUGUUUCAACAACUGUCAGGGAUUAACACCGUCAUGUAUUACAGUGCUACCAUUUUGCAGAUGUCAGGAGUGGAAGAUGACAGGCUUGCAAUCUGGCUGGCUGCACUCACAGCAUUUAUAAACUUUAUUUUUACUCUUGUGGGAGUCUGGCUUGUUGAAAGAAUGGGUCGCAGGAAACUUACACUUGGCAGCUUAACAGGUACUGCUGUAGCACUCAUUAUCCUAGCUUCGGGAUUUUUGCUAUCAGCUCAGGUCUCGCCAAGAAUCACACUUAAUCCACCAGAUCCUUCACAUCAAAACUCUACCUGCACAAAAUACAGUUAUUGCAAUGGAUGUAUGUUAGACCCAGACUGUGGUCUCUGCUACAAAUUGAAUAAAUCAAGUGUUGUUGAGUCCUCAUGCAUUCCUGUUGAUAAAGAUUCUACAAUGAAAGCAGCUUGGGGCAGGUGUUCAAAUGAAAGUGUAUUCAAGAAGGAAGAUUUAUUUUGGGCGUACAAUUUCUGCCCCACUCCCUACUCUUGGACAGCACUUCUGGGCCUUAUUUUGUAUUUGGUUUUCUUUGCACCUGGGAUGGGUCCUAUGCCCUGGACUGUCAAUUCUGAAAUUUAUCCACUUUGGGCUAGAAGUACAGGAAAUGCAUGCUCUUCUGGAGUCAACUGGGUUUUCAAUGUGCUCGUGUCACUGACAUUUCUGCAUACAGCUGAAUACCUGACAUACUAUGGAGCCUUCUUCCUCUACGCAGGGUUUGCUGCCUUGGGACUGGUUUUCAUCUACGGCUGCCUUCCUGAGACUAAAGGGAAAAAACUGGAGGAAAUUGAAUCUUUGUUUGAAAACAGGCUAUGUACAUGUGGUAUGUCAGAUUCUGAUGAAGGGAGGUAUAUCGAGUAUAUUCGGGUGAAGGGAAGUAAUUACCAUCUUUCUGACAAUGAUGCUUCUGAUGUGGAAUAA